AUGGUGCGCAGUGAAGACGAACUGGGAGAGAAGAUUGAUAGGUGUUUUGCUGACUCUCUUUUGAAAAUAAGUGGAGGGAUUGCUAUCGGAAUUGUUGCGAGUGUUGCGUUCUUCAAGAGCAGAUCAUGGCCCAUAUGGUUUGGAUCGGGCAUAGGAGUAGGCACCGGUUGGUCGAAUUGUCGUCAUGAUUUAGCACAACCAUACUUAUUGCACGGAAAAAAAGUGCCAAUUGAAGAAGAUACUCAGGGAAAGCCUGCGUUCAAAAUUGUACUGGAGAAGCAAUGA